CACACACACACACACACAGUUUCGGUUUAGAGCAGUGAGGAGUUGUAGGAGGUCGUCAUGAUGUUCAGGAUUACGCACUGCUUACUUACAGCCAUGAUAGUGAUGCCUUUCUGCAUAUGUAGAGGUGAGGACUGUGAGGAUAUCACUCGCCUGAAUCUGAAACACUCUUUUGCCGGUACAAGUCUGGAGGUUCGUCUGAUUCUCUUCACGCGUCAGAACGACAGCUGUGGGAGGCUACUGUCUCCGGAUGACCCGUUUGCCACGCCCACUUUUAACCUGUCCCGCCCAUGUACCUUUCUCAUUCAUGGCUUUCGUCCCACCGGUUCUCCCCCCGUCUGGAUGACCGAUAUGGUAAAGUCCAUCCUGAAUCGCAGCGACGUCAACGCCAUUGUGGUGGACUGGAACCGAGGAGCGGCCAACCUCAACUACCUAACGGUGGUGAAGAACACACGGCCCGUGGCUGAAAACGUCACACGCUUUAUUAGUCAAACAGGACUGAAUCUUAGUUCCAUCCACAUGAUUGGUAUCAGUUUAGGAGCGCACAUCUCGGGCUUCACUGGCGCAAAUUUUAAUGGCCGCAUCGGCAGAAUCACAGCUCUGGAUCCAGCAGGUCCAUCAUUCCGAGGAAAAUCUCUUGACGAGCGCCUGGAUCCGUCUGAUGCUGAGUUUGUUGAAGCUCUGCACACAGACAUGGACGCACUUGGAUAUCGGGAUGCGCUCGGACACAUCGAUUAUUAUCCAAAUGGAGGAUCUGAUCAGCCUGGCUGUCCAAAGACCAUCUUCUCAGGUUCAAAGUAUUUUAAAUGUGAUCAUCAGCGUGCAGUCUACCUGUAUUUGGACUCGAUUAAUCAGACUUCUCAAAUCACAGCAUAUCCGUGUUCUGAUUACUCAAACUUCUUGGAUGGGAAAUGUUUAAGCUGCGAGCGCUUUAACUCCUCUGGUUGUCCAGUAUUCGGUUACGAUGUGACUCAGUGGAAGGAGGUUCUGCUGAAGCUCGGACAGACCUCCACGUUCUUCACCACAAACCAGAAGACUCCAUACGGCAAAAGCGGAUAUAAGGUGGAGAUCGUAAGCUGGAACUCUGAGGAGCGAUGGGGUUACAUCACCAUCACGCUAAAGAACAGCACACAGGAAACUGAGGCUCGGAUUGACCAUAAGAAGCUGAAGUUCGAGCAGUACAGCGAGGCCACGCUGCUGGCGCAGUUCGAGCGAAAUGUUUAUCCUGUGAAGACGAUCACGCUGAAGUACGUGACGGGGAACGCGUUUACGCCUCGCUAUAAACUCCGUGUCCUCCGCUUCCGCCUUACUCCUCUCAAGAGUGGCCUGAGACCGAUGUGCCGCUACGAUCUUCUGCUGGAGGAAAACAAAGAUGUCACGUUCAGACCCAUCUCCUGUCACCACUCCAACUUCUGAUCCAGGAACAGAUGAAGAACUUCGAGCAACAUACAGUCUGAGUGUAUGACUGAUCAUUAUGUACUCAUACACACACACACACACACACACACACUGAGUCUCUGUGUCAUGUCUUAAAUUACACAAUACACUCUCACUCUACACACACUGGAGCUGAAUAUCUUGUAGCUUUCUUUAACUCUGCGCUUCACCAGUUUACACCAAACAGAAAUGAGCACCCCGGAGAACCAGAGAACCGGAACCAGAACAGUAGGAGAAUCAGAAAAGGACUUGGACCAGAGUCGGAACAUAAAUCAUGGAACAGGACUAGGACAGGACAGGUAGAGUACCAGGACUAGAUCAUGACCAGAAACAGAACUGGAACAGUACAGGAACCAUUUCAGGGGUAGAACAGGAUCGAACAGAAAGCAGAACUUUGACAGAACUACAACCAUAAAGGAACCAGCACAAGAACCGGACCAGGAACAGAACAGCCACAGGAGUGGAGGUGAAAUAAAAUCAAGAUCAGAAAUAGGACCAGUAACAUUCCCUACCUAGUCUGGUUCUGUUCUGGUUUCGGUUCUGUAUUAGUCUUGGCUAAUGGAACACAUCUCUCACUCUGCACCACUUUGAGUGUUUCGUAUCUCGGAGACUCCGCCCCUUCCUGUGUGUGUGUGUCCCAGGCUACAAGUUCUGAGGCUAAAACUGUCUGAUGUUCCAGACGCCAUUUCUCCAGGGUUCUGGUUUUACUGUGGUUCUAACAACACCAUUAACGACACACUCCAGCUCACUGACAGCACACGAUUCGAGGCUCGGGACCGUCAGUCUUCUUCUAAACAAUAAUUCACUGGUUUCAUACUUUUCUCUGGGAAUGUGAAUAAAUAUAGAAUAAAUAUUCAGUCUUCAGCUCAGGUGGAUAUAAAAGGGACAAAUAAUCAAAAUAUUGAAAGUUUUUAUCUUUACAGCUGUUCAUGUGUUUAUAAGUUUUUGUUUAUAAAAUAUUAUUCCUUAUAUGCAUAUGGUAUAUGAUUUGACAUUAACCUCUUCUAAGUAACUUUUGUAUUUAUUUUUUAUUUAUUAAUUAUGUACAGAUAUUAUAAUUCUAAGCUUUUUAAAAAAAAUAAAUGUGGUUUAAUUAAACGUGUUGAAGAUUUGUGAAUUUCAGCCCAGAUGCGCUCGCUGUAAUGAGGAGAGUGAACGUGUGAAGGUUCUAGAGACAUCCUGAGGGUUCUAGAGACAAGAUCCAAAUGAU